GAUUGGAAAAGGUGACCAGAGUCAUGGCUUCUUCACCUACAACCACAACCGUCUUGGAACAAAAGACGAACAGCCUGAAAUUGACCUUGGAUCAUCCAAUUCCAAGUGGUGACACCGCUGCUGAGAUCACCUUCUUCAAAGACCCUGAGGAUGGCUCGACUCCAUUUUAUUACGUUUAUUCGCCUCCUGAAGGUCAGCCCCAGACCAACAUUGGAUCGGAAACACUAAAAGUGACAAUCCAGGACAUUCGUGGAAAGGAGAGUACAUUUUCGGUGGAUUCGUCCGGUUUCGUUGCUUUGGAAAAUAUCCCAUCCAAACUAGUGUACGAGGACUGGGAAAAUGAUGAUAUCAUCAAGAAGAACUAUUACCCAGAGAUUGAAAAAUUGUUGUUGGACAAUCUGAUCGGUGCGAAUCGAGUCUUCAUCUUCGACCAUACCAUUCGUCGCACUACUCCUCUUCCUAAUACUUCUCCUGCGGAUGUUCGACAACCAGUCAUGCGAGCACAUAUUGACCAGACUGGACAAGCGACACUGAAUCGAGUUCGUUAUCAUCUUCCUGAAGAAGCAGAUGAGUUACUCAAAGGCCGAGUCCGCAUCGUCAAUGUAUGGCGGCCACUAAAGGGACCAAUUCGCGCUUUCCCAUUGGCAAUGGCAGAUAGUCGCACAGUUGGCUUUAACGACCUAACAGCUGUUGAACAUAGAUACCCUGAUCGAACAGGAUGGACUGUUGGCGUGAGGCACAGACCGGCUCAAAAGUGGUGGUAUUGGUCCGGUAUGAAGGAACAUGAGCGUAUUUUGCUUCAGUGUUUCGAUUCGCAUGGAAGUCAGGCGAGAGUUGCUCAUACGGCUUUUGAGCAUCCGGAAAGUUUACCAGAGGAUGGACGGGAGAGUAUUGAAGUCAGAGCAUUGAUUUUUGGAUGAACGUUCUGAAUAUUUGAAUAUUUAACAAUGGGAAAUAGCAUAGUUAGCACGUAUAAUAUAAACAUUUAUCGCAUACGGUGUGUGUAUGUGUUUGAUACACGACGUAGAUAAGAGUUAAAAAAUUAUUUCUGGAGGGCUAAAGGUUUUGCAAGCAAAAUUAUAUCCGACAAAGACUUCAAGGAGGCGUACAUAAGCGACGUCUCUCUAUUUUAUUGAAUUUUUGACGUCACUCAAAAACAAUCGAAAGGGACCCAACUUUCUUAGCAAACGUUCUUCCCUCAAUGCGUGACAUUGACGUCGUUAGAUUAAAUUAGUUAGAUUUUCUGCGUUUAGGCGCAAAAUGCGUCACCAAAACUGUUAGCACAUGUUUUGGAAGUGGAAUCCGAUCUGAACUGCGUCGCCUAAAUUCCUCUUUCGAGGUUUUUGUUGGAUUAUCGUGCCUCUAUAGUAUCGCCUGAAAACACUUAGAUCAAAUGACGUGACAGAUCUGAUAUUAAAAUGGAAUCGCUUCACAGAUCGUCAGAUCUGUGGUAAGUUAGCCAGUCAGCCUCCGUCUCAAGUUAACAUGAUUUACAGUUGGUGUUCAGGAGCUUUCCACUGCAAAUGUCGCUAAAACGUAUUUAUAUUUAAAUGACUAAUCUCUAUGGUUCGAACUGCUUGUUUGGCCUAAAAUUGAACCGUUCGCAGAUUUAAGAUUUAACAUGUUCCAUAGCAAGGCGAUUAAGUUAAUUCUGCAAGAUCUAUUCCGAUCAUUACCAACGGUACAUCUUAACCCAUAUAGUAGGUAAAUAGCCACAGAGACCCUCAUAACACGUAGCUUCUAAUAAUAAUUCUAGUUCCGAAAGCAGAGACAAAUAUACCAGGCCAUAAAUUAAACCGGAAAACUGAUUAACGUCGCUGCAAAGUAAGGGACUAAAGGGAAUAAAAGAUAUUGAAGACAAUGAGAUCUAAUUACGAAGCUUUAGAAAAUUAAAUCAACUUAAUCAAUACCCAUCACACUUAAUAAUAUCCAUCAUACUUAGUAAAUGUACUCGAAACACUACGGAAUAGAAUUGAAUGGUUCAUAAUCCAA